GCCGUGGACGCGCACCGGCAGGCGCGCUCCCCGACCCCGACGGUAUAAAACUGAAGCGCCAGGUUCUCCCAAAACUCUACGCGAGGCAGGCGGUAGGCGCGUACCACUCCAAAGCUCUUCUAAUAAAGUGCCAGUCUAGGAGUAAAGAUGUACAGAACUACAAGGUCCCCCAUGAUGCAGCCGCUGGUCAACUCAGGAAUGGGCAUGGCUCCCUUCUUCAAGGUGACCGUGUUCGAGCAGGAGCACUUCCAGGGCAAGUGCCUGGAGUUCACCUCCGAGUGCUGCAACAUUCAGGAGUGCGGACUGGACAACAUCCGCUCCAUCAGGGUGGAGAGCGGAGCCUGGGUUGGUUUUGAGCACCAUGACUUCCAGGGCCAGCAGUUCAUCCUGGAGAGAGGAGAGUACCCCCACUGGGACGCCUACAGCGGCUCCCUCUCCUACCACGUGGAGCGCCUCAUGUCUCUGCGCCCCAUCUACUGCGCCUCUCACCAGAGCAGCCGCAUGAUCAUCUUCGAGAGGGAGAACUUCAUGGGCCGCAGCGUGGAGAUCUGUGACGACUACCCCUCUCUGCAGGCCAUGGGCUGGAUGAUGCCCGAGGUCGGCUCCAUGCACGUGCAGUGCGGCGCCUUUGUGUGCUACCAGCACCCCGGCUACAGGGGCCAGCAGUACAUCAUGGAGUGUGAGAGACACAGCGGAGACUACCAGCACUGGAGGAACUGGGGCUCCCACUGUCAGACCCCCCAGAUCCAGUCCAUCAGGCGUAUCCAGCACUGAGAGGAGGACAGGCUGAGACUGAGACAGCAGCUCCCCUCGAACCCCCCCCCACACACACCCGACCCCCAUCUUUACCUUUCCCCCCCUCCUCUCUUUCUCUCUCUUUCUUCCUCUCCUUCCUCUUGACUUGAGGCACAACAGCCGCCCCGCCCCGACUCCACACCACCACUGAUUUACAGCCGCUGCCAGAGUGUGAUAAGAGACAAUAUCGCACUGUUAAAGCACAGGGAAACACACACUCCACACACACACAGACGCCACUGACACUCACACAAGUGUCUUUUUACUCGGUUUAAGAGGUCCCUGCACACUCACGCACAAACACACACCUGCGCUGUACUCUCACCUGAGCCAAGCGAGGACCCAGAGGGGGAGAUGAAGCUCCAACAUGGCGCCGUCGACUGGAACAAAAGGCCUCCCCCAGCUGCAGUCGCCCUCCUCGGUGCAGCUGACCGCUGCUGCGGCACAGCUCAGAUGUGUUUUGUUGUUGUGUGUAGGAGGUUGAUCCACAGGUUGAUAACUAAUAAACUCAUUUUCACCUCA